AUGCCGUCAACAAACGAGAAUAUGGUCCCGUUGGCGCAACGAGUGCGAACGGUGAUGAUGGUUGGUUACCAUGAAUUCGGGAUGACUCUCGACGAUCCAUCCGCUUCUCCUUCAUCCAUUGAUUCGGCGCUUUUCUUUGUAUUGGGUGCUUUUGUGUUGAAUGUGAUCGUGGUGAUGUUGGCGAUUUGUUAUUUCGAUCCCACACAAACGAAACCCCCACUCGUGCACAGAAUGUUUCAAUCGUUGAGAAGAUCUUGUCUUCCGACGAAACUCUCUUCAGAGACAGCCGUCCUCUUCGUU